GUCACCUUCUCCUUCCUCCCCAAAGCAGCCUUCCUCUUCUCAGUUUCUUUUAAAAAAAAAAAAACCAAAAAACAAAAAAACCUAAUUUGUGGGGCCUACCACCGGCAAAUUCCAGUACUUCGCUUUCAAGCGUCAAUCUCUGCCUUCUCAGAUUUUUCUUCAAGAAAUUUCAUCCCCCACUUCUAAGUAAGAAAAAAAGAAAAAAGAAAGUUCCUCUCCUACUCUAUUUCUACUUUAUUACUCUCUCUCUCUCUCUCUCUCUCUCUCUCUCUCUCUCUCUCUCUCUCUCUCUCUCUCUCUUCAUUUCCUGGAGAACUAGAGCUCCUUUGUCUCUGGCAUGAAAAGGGUCUUUUCCUAGACAUGGGUUCUUGCGUUUCGGUCCAUAAGACCUCAGAUUCCGCGAUGAAAUUCCGCUACUCCAUCGGUACCAACGCCAAGAAGGUGAUCAUUCCGUCGCCCGCCGACGAAAAGCCGACGAACGGCGAGAACCCAGUUGCUGGAUUCGGCUCGCCAUGUAAGAAGCCGGGCCUGUCGUCUGGCUUUGAUUCGCUGUCGCCCCUGUCUUCAAGAAGGGACUUUGGUAGUAAAGAGGAGACGUUCUUUGAUACCCGAGCCUGGUUAGAUUCUGACUGUGAAGAUGAUUUCUACAGUAUCAAUGGAGAUUUUACUCCGUCCCGGGGUAAUACACCGAACUAUCAGAGAAGCACACCCACAACACCCCGUCUCAAUAAAGUCUCUUUCUUGGAAAGAGCGCCCAACUCCAAACUACCUGAAUUGUCUCCAACUGUUAAGAAGAAGAAACUAGCUGAACUAUUCGAAGAAAGCACCAAAGGGGAACGAGACUCCGACACCAAAACCAACAGCACUGAACAAAAUGUGAUCAACGGGAAGAUGGAAACAGAAAAUGCCCACCUUCAAAUCCCUCCAAAAUCAUCUGAAGGAACCCCGUACUUGACUGGAACUAACUCCGUCUGCAGCAGCGAGAGAACCCCGAACGGGGAAUCAAAACCUGAGAGAGAGAAAAAGGUCAGGGCUGCUCAGUGCUGCCUGCCGAGCCUGGUUCCAAGCCUCAGCUUCAGUGAGAAGAAGAAGCAGCCGAGCCCUGUGUCCCACAACGGUGGAUAAUGCUCCUGCCCUUAAACGGUCCCAAUAGCCCAAUGGCCCCGGCUGGAUCGUACAGGGGCUCUGCUCCCUACUUGGGUGUAAAUGGAAGGCAGAUCUCCGAUCCUCCGCUCCUGGAAAGAUCAAGUUAGAAGUGCUGGUAAGGAAGUUCGCUAUGUAUCACACAAUUUCUCUGAGGGGAAAUCGAAUCACUGAAGAUCUGUAUAGUAUAGAGGACGGUGAGAUCGUCGCAAAGUACUUUUUUUAGAUGGAGAUACAUCUUUUCUUUCUUUCUUUCUUUCUUUCUUUUUAAGUAGAUGGGUAAUUUCUGUAAACAGACAUGGAAAAUGGCCCAUAUGAUGGAGAAAGGUGGUGCAUAUGAUCAGCACUUGCAAUCUAUGAAGAGGUAUGUGUGUAUGCUCUCUCUUCA